AAAAAAAAAACAAUCCAGUAUUAGGAAAAUAACGAUUAAUGAAUACUUCUUCGCGGUUGCCAUCUAUUAAAUGGUUUUUUUAAAAACACAAUUUAAGGUGUUUCUUAGUCGCCGCGUCAUUAGUUGAAGAUAGAAGACCUUUUUUACGGAAUCCAGACAUCGAAUAUAAUUUUUGACAUAUGUAUUUAUCCGGCUCGGAGUGAGAAAUUAGCAAGCCAUGGCGUUACUCUACCGACGCAGGUCGAUGCUAUUAAAUAUAAUCCUUGCAUAUAUCCUCCUUUGUGCGAUAUGUGUGCAGGGAUCUGUGAAACAAGAAUGGGCAGUAAUAGGAAAAAAUGUGUCUCUAGAGUGCAUCUCUGAAAACGAAGCAGUAGUAUGGAAAUUGGGAAAUCAAACUAUUGACACAAACAAUACAAGAUUUAAAAUCAGAACUGAUCCCUUGAAAUCCAACGAUGACGUUAGUGAAACCAACGAAAGCCAAGAUUUCAUCAAGUAUAAAAAUGUGCUAACGCUUCUUCACGUUAAUAUAAAGGACUCGGGAAACUACACCUGCACAUCCCAAACGGGCCAAAACCAUUCGACUGAAUUCCAGGUUAAACCAUACCUUCCAGCCAAAGUCUUGCAAAGUACUCCCGACAAGAUAAAGAGAAAAAUCGGACAGGAUGUUGUGCUGCAUUGUUUAAUUGAGAUGUUUCCGCAAAAUGAGACUUCGAAUAAAAAUCUCAAGUGGCUGAAAGACGGCAGUCAUUUUGAGUUCCUGGACACUUUUUCUUCCAUUGCAAAGCUGAACGACACGCACUUGAAUUUUACCUUGGAAUUUACAGAGGUGUACAAGAAGGAGAAUGGAACCUUCAAGUGCACAGUCUUCGACGACAACGCACUUGAGAUUACCUCGAAAGAGAUAACUCUUUUCGUGAUGGAAGUGCCACAGGUUAGCAUUGAUUUUGCCAAGGCUGUGGGUGCCAACAAAAUAUACCUAAACUGGACCGCCAACGACGGCAACGAUCCGAUUGAGAAGUUCUACAUCACCCUACAGGAGGCUGGCACACCUAUUUUUUCCUACUAUAAGGACAUUAUUAACGGCAGCCAUACGUCAUAUAUUUUGGACCAUUUUAAACCGAACACAACAUAUUUUUUAAGAAUUAUGGGAAAGAACUCGAUUGGCAAUAGCCAGUCAACGCAGUUUGCCCAGGGCAUCACCACGCUCAGUUUUGAUCCCAUAUUUAUACCGAAAGUCGAGACCACCGGCAGCACUGCAUCCACUAUAACAAUCGGCUGGAAUCCCCCUCCGCCGGAUCUAAUUGAUUACAUCCAAUACUACGAACUGAUUGUCUCUGAAUCGGGCGAGGUGCCCAAAGUGAUUGAGGAGGCCAUUUACCAACAGAAUUCGCGAAACUUGCCAUACAUGUUUGAUAAACUCAAAACCGCCACAGACUACGAAUUUAGGGUAAGGGCAUGCAGUGAUUUAACCAAGACCUGCGGUCCAUGGUCGGAGAACGUGAAUGGCACCACCAUGGACGGCGUAGCAACGAAACCCACCAACUUGACCAUCAACUGCCAUCAUGACAACGUAACGAGGGGUAACUCGAUCUCCAUUAACUGGGAUGUUCCCAAAACUCCAAAUGGCAAAGUUGUGUCGUAUUUAAUUCACCUGCUGGGCAACCCCAUGAGCACAGUGGACCGCGAGAUGUGGGGACCCAAGAUUCGAAGAAUCGACGAGCCCCAUCACAAGACCCUCUACGAAAGUGUUAGCCCGAACACAAACUACACAGUGACGGUAUCGGCUAUUACGCGUCACAAGAAGAACGGCGAACCGGCCGCCGGAAGUUGUCUGAUGCCCGUCUCCACACCAGAUACCAUUGGUCGCACCAUGUGGACAAAAGUUAACCUUGGCUCUAAGUACGUCCUGAAAUUGUAUCUGCCCAAGAUCAGCGAACGGAACGGUCCCAUAUGCUGCUAUAGAUUAAAUCUAGUAAGGAUCAACAAUGACAACAAGGAAUUGCCGGAGCCGGAUAAGCUGAAUAUCGCCACAUAUCAGGAAGUCCACAGCGAUAAUGCCACGAGAAGUAGUGCAUAUAUUGCAGAAAUGAUUAGUAGCAAGUACUUUAAGCCCGAAAUAUUUUUGGGCGACGAACAGAGAUUCAGCGAAAACAAUGAUAUAAUCAGGGACAAUGACGAGAUUUGUCGCAAAUGCUUGGAGGGUACUCCAUUCCUCAGAAAACCCGAGAUCGUCCAGAAACCUCCAUUAAGUUCAUUAUCAAAUUCAGACUCUGAGGUACCGCAUUUGCCUGAGAUAAAAGAUAACUUAAUUAAAGGGGCAAAUUUAACAGAGCUUGCUCUUAAAAUCUUAGAAAGUAAGUUGAGAGAUAAAAGAAGUGCGGCGACUAGCGAUGAGCAUCCAAUUCUAAGCUCCGUCAACCCAAAUGUGCCACCCCAUGAUUCUAGUCGAGAUGUUUACGAUGGUCAGAUAGAUAUUAACUCCAAUUACACUGGUUUCCUAGAGAUAAUAGUUCGGGAUAGAAAUAAUGUGCUAAUGGCAUAUAGCAAAUAUUUUGAUAUAAUUACUCCGGCUACUGAAGCGGAACCUAUUCAAUCCUUAAAUAAUAUGGACUACUACCUUAAUAUUGGCGUCAAAGCGGGAGCCGUACUUUUUGGUGUUAUACUCGUUCUUAUUGUGCUGUGGGUUUUCCACCACAAAAAAACCAAAAACGAAUUACAGGGAGAAGAUACUUUAACAUUGAGAGAUUCUCUAAGCAGGGCUUUGUUCGGUCGCCGAAGUAACAACCACAGUCACUUUAUUACGUCUGGAAAUCACAAAGGUUUUGAUGCCGGUCCGAUUCACAGACUAGAUUUAGAGAACGCCUAUAAAAACCGCCAUAAGGACACAGAUUACGGAUUUUUACGGGAAUAUGAGAUGCUGCCCAAUCGUUUUAGCGAUCGAACAACUAAAAAUAGUGACUUAAAAGAGAACGCCUGCAAAAACAGGUAUCCCGAUAUUAAAGCUUACGAUCAAACGCGCGUAAAGUUAGCUGUCUUAAAUGGACUACAGACUGCGGAUUAUAUUAAUGCUAACUUCGUAAUUGGAUACAAGGAGAGGAAAAAGUUUAUUUGUGCGCAGGGUCCAAUGGAAAGUACCAUCGACGAUUUUUGGCGAAUGAUUUGGGAACAACAUUUGGAAAUAAUUGUGAUGCUUACCAAUUUGGAGGAAUAUAACAAGGCCAAGUGCGCUAAAUAUUGGCCAGAAAAAGUAUUUGAUACAAAGCAGUUUGGAGAUAUUAUAGUGAAAUUUGCACAAGAACGAAAGACUGGAGAUUAUAUUGAACGAACCCUAAACGUUUCGAAGAACAAAGCCAAUGUGGGCGAGGAGGAGGAUCGUAGACAAAUCACACAAUACCACUAUUUAACGUGGAAGGACUUUAUGGCACCGGAGCAUCCACACGGCAUCAUCAAAUUCAUACGUCAAAUCAAUUCCGUCUACUCCCUGCAAAGGGGCCCAAUUUUAGUUCACUGUAGUGCUGGUGUCGGUAGAACCGGAACCCUGGUGGCUUUAGACUCCCUCAUCCAACAACUGGAGGAAGAAGACUCGGUGUCUAUUUACAACACAGUUUGUGAUUUACGGCACCAACGAAAUUUUUUAGUCCAAUCUUUGAAACAAUACAUCUUCCUUUAUCGGGCUUUAUUAGAUACUGGAACUUUUGGUAACACGGACAUUUGCAUUGAUACUAUGACAUCUGCUAUUGAGUCACUCAAGCGCAAGCCCAAUGAGGGUAAAUGCAAAUUGGAAAUGGAAUUCGAGAAACUACUGGCCACAGCGGAUGAGAUUAGUAAAUCGUGUUGUGUGGGCGAAAACGAGGAAAACAAUAUGAAAAACAGGAGUCAAGAGAUUAUUCCCUACGAUCGUAACAGAGUAAUACUGACGCCACUUCCAAUGCGGGAUAACUCGACCUAUAUUAACGCAUCAUUCAUAGAGGGCUAUGAUAAUAGCGAGACCUUUAUUAUUGCCCAAGAUCCACUUGAGAACACCAUUGGUGAUUUCUGGAGGAUGAUCUCGGAACAAAGUGUUACCACCUUGGUAAUGAUAUCUGAAAUCGGAGAUGGUGCCAGAAAAUGCCCGAGAUAUUGGGCAGAUGAUGAAGUUCAGUACGACCACAUACUUGUGAAAUAUGUGCACAGCGAAAGUUGUCCAUAUUACACUCGCCGCGAAUUUUAUGUAACGAAUUGCAAAAUAGAUGACACGCUGAAAGUCACACAGUUUCAAUACAAUGGUUGGCCAACCGUGGACGGAGAAGUUCCUGAAGUCUGUCGGGGCAUUAUUGAACUUGUAGAUCAAGCCUACAACCAUUACAAGAACAACAAGAAUUCUGGUUGUCGAUCUCCACUCACAGUUCAUUGCAGCCUGGGCACUGAUCGAAGUUCUAUUUUCGUCGCAAUGUGCAUCUUGGUCCAGCAUCUUAGAUUGGAAAAGUGUGUCGACAUCUGUGCCACAACAAGGAAAUUACGAUCUCAGCGAACGGGACUUAUCAACUCAUACGCACAAUACGAGUUCCUACAUCGCGCAAUAAUUAAUUAUUCAGAUUUACAUCACAUAGCCGAGUCAACAUUGGAUUAAGUUAGUUAUGUAUAUACGAGUACAUAAUGCACGUGUUGGAACAUCAAUGCAUAAUGUGCUAUGAUAAAUUAUUUGUAUAUUUAUAAAAUCUUUUAAUAAAGUAUUUACAAGGGCAAAUGUAAUUUUUUUAACGAAUUAGGUUUGCCCGAAACAUAAUAUACAUACAAAUAUAAAUGUAGUGUAUACGUAUCGUAUUGAUAAAACUACCAAAGGAAAAUAAGUAACAUAUUUUAUAAGAUACAAUGUAAUAAAAACUGAGAAUAAGAAUUGUACUUUUUUAUGAGCUUGACUGAA